UUGCUGCAUGCAACCGCACAUUUGGCUGCUGCUCAGCUCUUUCUCCCUCCCGCCUGCUCUUCUCUUCUCUUUUCUGCUCUCGUCUACCAUCCCGACUCCAUUUAUUGAUUCCUUCAUCUUCACUUCAUUCUUUCUCAAUGUGUGUGUGUUUUUUUAUGGUCUGAUACAUACAUACGCAUAUGAUGAGCAGUCGGUAGUCAAUCGAAGAAGAUCUGUCUGAGGCGGCUGCAAUUGCCAUUACAGCUGAUGCUGAUUCUGAUCCCUGCCUGUUGAUCUCACGUAUCCUUGGAAGUUGUGAUGUAAUGGUUGCACUGGUAAUAUAACAGCUGAAGAUCUAAUCCAGAAAGAGUGCUGCCUGCGCUCAUGGCAUCCUCCUGGUCUCAGCUCACCAGCCCAACACCAAGAGCAGCAGCCGAUGGGGAGCUUCGACGAUCCUUGUCUAACAAAGAUCUGCACAUGCACAGACGGGCUAACAUGCGCCGCUCAUAUUCUGACAACCAUCUUUGCUGUGCCAGCUCCAUCAAGGCUGCCUCUGCUCCUCCUUCCAAACUAAAGAUCAGUCCCUCUGUUGGCUUCUUCAACAUACAGCUAUCUGACACAUUAAAGUCAUUUAUCUUCGAUCUAGAUCAGGCAAAUGCAGACAAUAGCUAUGAGAGUGAUCUUGACGACUAUGAAACUGAUAUGGAUGAGGGUAAGGGGCGGGUAAAUUGGAUGGAGAGACUCGUGGAGCUUCGGAAUAACUGGAAAGGGAAGCAAGGUACAGUUGAGGAGGAUUAUGGGGAAGUUGAUGGUGACGGUGAAGGCGAUGAGGAAGGCGAAGGCUGUGGAGAGGAAGGCGGGUGUGAAGUGGAAUACGAAGAAGAUGAAGAAAGCUGGGACACUGCCUUCAAUAGAGAGAUCUUCUCAUCCAUGUUGAGGAGCAUUUCCUGGUCAGAUGCCAAGAUUUUCUCCCACCUAGCUUUCUUGUGUAACAUGGCAUAUGCGAUCCCUGCUCUUAAGACACAGGAUUUGAAACGAUAUUGUGAGCUAGACUAUGUAACAUCUUCCCUGGAGAAGAAGGUGGAGGCUGCAGCUAUCAAAGAGAGAGUCGAACAGGGAUCAACAAUGACAUCAUCAUCAGAGGUUAAAGAUCCUGUUUCAACAGCACAACAGAAACCAGUGGUUCGGUCAUCUGCUGCCUAUGAGAUUGCUACAUCUGCUGCAUCCUAUGUCCAGUCCCGGGCUAAGGGCUUAAUAUCCCGAGGAGCAGAGCCCCAGAUACAGGUUGAUGAGAGUACUUAUCCUCCCCGUAGAAUACACAAGUCUGAGAUGGCGGCAUGUGUGGCAGCAUCAACAAUGACAGCAGUGGUUGCUGCUGGAGAGAAUCAGAAAGAGAAGGCAGCAAAGGAUCUUCAGUCACUUCAUUCCUCACCAUGUGAAUGGUUUGUCUGUGAUGAUUCGAGGACGAACCUUCGCUGCUUUGUCAUUCAGGGAUCAGACUCGUUAGCCUCCUGGCAAGCAAAUCUCCUCUUCGAACCAACUAAGUUUGAGGGAACUGAUGUUCUAGUCCAUCGAGGCAUAUAUGAAGCAGCAAAGGGUAUAUAUGACCAGUUCAUGCCAGAAAUAAAGAAGCACCUUAACAGAUUCGGCGACCAAGCAAAGCUUCAAUUCACCGGGCACUCACUUGGGGGCAGUCUUGCACUUCUAGUCAACUUGAUGCUGCUAACAAGAAAGGUAGUUGAGCCAUCUGCUCUUCUUCCAGUGGUCACAUUCGGUUCCCCAUUCAUCUUCUGCGGUGGCCACAAGAUUCUGGAUCAAUUGGGCCUCGAUGACAACCAUGUUCAUUGUGUGAUGAUGCAUAGAGACAUUGUCCCAAGAGCAUUCUCCUGCAAUUACCCCAACACAGUCACUCAAGUACUAAAGCGUCUCAAUGGCACAUUCCGGUCCCAUCCUUGCCUCAACAAGAAUAAACUGAUGUACUCUCCAAUGGGAAAACUGUUCAUCCUCCAGCCUGAUGAGAAGUCCUCACCACCACAUCCAAUGCUUCCUCCAGGCAGAGGUCUAUUUGCCCUAGACAAUACCAACAGUACCUUAACCAAGAGAGCUAUUCGCGCCUUCCUGAAUUCUCCUCAUCCCAUAGAAAUAUUAAGUGAUCCUACAGCCUACGGCUCCGAGGGUACUAUAAUCAGGGACCAUGAUUCGAGUAACUACUCUAAGGCAGUGAGUGAAGUAAUAAUGGAACAAACCAGACUGGUGGUUCGAAAAACAAGGAAACAGAGAAACCAGAUAUGGCCACUCCUAACGGCACAACCACGACAUGAGUUAAGCUAUCAGUGUAACAUACAAAAUAACAAGCCAGACGUGACCGAGAAAGCACUGGCUGGAGUUUAGAGAAGUGAAUUUGAAUAUUUAUUUGUAAAUACACACCACAAAGACCUCCUUCACAGUGUAAAGAAAUUUCAUAAUGGAACUCCAGUUACAAAGUGCUUAAACUUAAGA